CCUCUCCCUCAGCGGUUCUAUAUAAACGCCAGGAAUCCCAACUCAGUGGUAAAUCGUACAGUACAUCCAACACUGAGCACCCAGGAUGACAGGAAUUACUCUAGUCCUUUUGUUUCUGGUCUUUCCUCUUUUCAACACGGAGGAGCAUGCUGUUAAUGAACUGUAUACCCUAAUAGAAAAGGGUCAGGACAGCUUCAUGGACCCUGCUCAGAGCAACCACAGCAGGUUGUUGUCUAAAGAGCCCUCACUGCCAAUCAAUGAGCUCCUGGAGAAAAGCAGCAAGACCAUUGAGUCCAAAUUUAACCACCAUCCUUUACCCUCCGCUGUGUGGCCGAAGCACGGCGACCUGGCACCCAUCCUUCGCCACCACGGCCCCCACAACAAGAGCAAGAAAAGCUCGAAGAUCAACCACUUGACAGAGCACAACAGCGAGAAAAGCAGGGGAGAAGUUGUGGGUCUGCUCCCCAAAACCCAGCUGACUGGAGCUAACCGCACCGCGCAGAAACCCCAUCCGGACACCCAGCCCCACAUAAGCCCACCUCAGCAGAAUGAGCAGGAGGGACACACCAACUCCAGAGUCAGGUCUCCAGCCCACACACAGCCCCAGUCUCAGCCGCAACAAACGGCUGCCUCCCCGCGCAGAGAUCCCCCCAACCGAAGGCAAGACCCAGAAGAGAACCGGCCGGGAAAAUCCAGCCUCUAUCAGUCUGGAAUCAGCGUGGCAACCUGGAACAACAGCCGUCCUCCGGCUGUCCUCAGUCGGCGUUCCUCCAGCCUGCUUUUCCAGUUUGACAUCCUGAGGCGAGAGUCUGACUUCACACACGAUGGCUUCUGCAUGAGCGAGUGCAGGAAGGAGAAGGAUGAGAGGGAAUAUUACUGCUACAGCGAGUUUGCUGUCAAUGGGAUUGUCCAUGACAUUGAUUUGCUGCGCAAAGGAAUACGGCUCAUUACGCUGAUGGUCAGCAGUGAUGGUUUCUACAAGAUGAGCCGUCUGUAUGUGACUCCAGGCAGCUUUUUCUUUAAAGUGCGCCUCCUGGUCUUGGAUACCUACAAGUGCAGCAAGCCCUGCCCUGAAAUCAAACUUGGUACCAGAUACAUCGUAAUGGGUCAGAUCUACCACCGGAGGCGCCACCUUCCUAGUGACCUCCUGAGCCUGCUGGGUGGCAAACUGAAGCCUGGAGAUGGCCUCCUGCGAAGCAGUAACUACGUCAAGAGGUACAACAAACGGAGACACCAGAGAGCUCUGGAAGCCACCAGUUCCAGGUGUAGGUGAAUCAGAUAUAAGACUAUAACCCCCUGCUUCAGGGGAAGAGACAUUGCAGCCAAAGUCAACCAUUCUUAACUAAAUCCUCCAUGUUGUCCAAGACAGAGGACCCUUUGCAAAAGACAUGGAUGAGUUUUCACAUGGACUGCUGUCACGUAUCAAAAUUGCUUCAUCUUAUAUCUGUUAAGUUACCAAAAUGUUUAAUUGUGGUCUUUAGAUACAAGCAACUGCAACUGACUGGAUCUUUCAUGAUAAUAUGGUAAGAUUUGAGGCUUCUCUGAACAAGUCAACUCUACUUCAACUCUUCUUUCAUUCAAGGCUACAUCAAAACUCUUCAUUCAUUCAUGGCCGGUUCAUGAAAUCCCUGAAUUAGUAUGUAACUUCACUGACUCAGUUUUAAAUACAGAUUUGAUUUAUUUUAAGCAAAUAUGUCCAUAAAACAUGAAACUGAUUCACAGAAUGGGAGUAUUUAUUAUUAUUAUUAUUAUUAUUAUUAUUGCAUGUGAUUUAAGUCUCAGAAUCUGUCUCUACAUUAUCACAUAAUGACAUGGAAGAGCUAUAGUUUUUCAUUUCUUUCUAAAAUGUUUUAAUUAUCUGAAUACCAAAUCCAAAGAAUGUGCAAAAAAGGGACAAAUAAUUUUGUUUUUUUUUUCAAGUAAAUUUGUUCAUAAGAAUAUUAUUAUUUUUAGAAAUGACACAUUUCCAAUUAGUUUUUUUUUUUUUUUUUGCAAUUUUGGAUAUCUAUAAAUUUAAAGGGGCAAUAAGCUGAAAUUUAUCAUGUCUAGAUUGAAGGAAUAAAAAAAAUGGCUGUGAAGAACUAGAGCUCUAAUUUCAUCUGAAGUAUAGCAUGACGUUACUCCAUCUCUGUGUUGAUCUGCAGCCCUGUUUUUAUCAGCCGGUCUGGCCAUGCGUUCUUACACGUUCACGUGAAUCGUCGCCUCUUCUCUCCCCCCAGAGCCCUCGGCCCUUCCUCCCUAUAAAAGGCCACAGCAAGUGCGCAAUGGCACGGCGUAUGUUUGAAGCAAAAUGGCGUGGGCGGAACGAACGAAAGAAAUGAACGAAAUAUUACCCUAAAACAACUACGGUCAUUAGCAAAGUUGUUAGAUAAAGUAAUGGACCCAGAUUAACAUUGGCCUUGUAUUUCCAAAGUGGAGAGCACUGCAAGAGCUAAAGAGGCUACAGUUUGACUUGGAGCUUGCUCUUUUCCUGGACAGCAAGAAACAACAUAAACGUUAUAAGUUACUGUGAUAUGUUCCACAAAAUGGGGAUAUGGUUUUGGUCAGUAUGCUUGCACUUUGCACAUUCGUUCACAGAUGAGGCGAGUUGGGGGUGGGGAAAGAGGUAGAGGGAGGUGUGGUUCAUGGCACACUCUGUUAAGUCUACAGGCAGUUCACAACAGCAAAACCUUAUUGUGAAACAAUUUAGCUUUUUGCCCCUUUAAAGCUGAUUAAUCAAUAAUGUUUUGAAAAUGGCACUAAUGCAAAACAUUUCAUUGCACUGAUCUGUGAAAACUGUGCACAGCUUGGUGCAUGAUGACACUCUGGCUGAUAUUAGUGUGGAGAAAGUACACUAUUAAGGGAAGGAAUUAAGGGUUGAAAAAGCAGCCACAAAUCACAGUGGAGGGGAAAGAGGAAGGGCAAAAAAAGAAGGAACAUAAUAGGAGCAGAGGAACUUUACUGGUCAUGAGAGCGGCUUAUUUUUCUAAUUUUAAUUAUGUGUCCAUGAUGAAAUGUAUGCCUGACAUCUAAAAUGGGGCCUUGCUGAAUGAGGAGUAAGAGGUGUGGUUUUGUUGGGACUAAGCCUUGAAUCUAAUCACAGGAAUCUGAUCCUUUACACACCUGGACACUCAAAGAAGUGACUCCCUCACAACUCCUUUUCAGGAUGCCUCUUGCUGUUUUCUAGCUUAUAUGCAAACUCUGUGAGGACCAACACUCAGUGAAGUAUGUGGGCAGGUUCAGAACAAAAAGGGAGGUGGGCCAAGGUGGAGCGGGGAUAAAGGAGGUUAUGUAAAAAUAUGGAAUGAGAUUUAUUUCAUGGAAGUCUGUCUUUCUAAAGGAGUGGCUUGAUUAAAAAAAAAGGCUUGAUUGUAUUACCACCAUGAGCUCAUGCUUAUUAUGAAAGGGGAAAAAUUGCACUGAACACUUGCAUUGCUUUGCUUAACAUGAACUCAAUAAAAAUGUGUUUGUUUUGUA